AUGUGGUUUAAGAUAAUAACCUUCUUGGGGGUUAUUAUCUAUGAUAAUGAUUACAAUAAGAAGAAAUUUCGAUUAAAGAAGAAACUUUCAAUAAAAUUCUUAAUAUUUUACUUUAUCUUGAUUUCUUCUCCCAUUUAUGCAUCGGAUGCCGAUGACUCCAACAAUGUAGAUAUUAGUUCAACAAUCUCUCAAGACGGAUAUACCACCGCAGCAUCCUCUUUAAGCAUCAGCCCCUCUAUUAUUGCUCCAGCAACCAUAACGUCUUUGAAUGUAGCUUCUACUACUGAAAUUACUAAUACGACUCCUUUACAGACAAUUAUUUCUGUAACCACUUCACCGAUUAGUCCUUCCUCAACUUUUACCAGUAAUAAUGUAAUUUCUACUGUUUCUUCGAGUAAUAAUAGUAUUAGUGGUGAUGGUAGCAAUGAUAGUGAUAAAAAAGAUUAUUCACCUGCGUAUAAUGCAACCUAUGGAACACCUCCACAACCAUUAAGAACUACAAUUACUUGGAGUAAUGUGUUCUAUGGUGUAUUUUUCAUAUGCGUUGGAUUAUUGGAGGUUUUUCACGGUUACAAGUAUAUUCGAAUUACCUUAUUGAUAAUGGGUUAUCUGUUCUUUUCGAGUACAGCUCUAAUAAUUUUACUUUUUGUGGAUAAUAAUUCUGGCGGUAAAAGAACAGUCACUUUUUAUUUCACAACCUGGUUAUUGGUUGGAUUAAUCGGAGGUUCACUUGGUUUCUUUUGUUGGCAUUUGGGCUUAAUGUUAACUGCAGCUUAUGGAGGUUACGUACUAUCAUUAUCACUUCUUGCGAUUUUAAACAUCGAAAACCACGUUAUUCGAUGGAUAACUGCUCUAAUAAUGAUGCUUCUGCUAGCAAUAAUGGUACAUUACUUUGAACGGACUGUAAUAAUUUUCACCACAUCUAUUGUCGGUGCAUAUUCAGUAAUGUAUGGUGUGGAUGAAUUCGCUCGACAAGGAUUUCGUGAUAUGAUUCAGUUAGCUAACGCGGAUGGAUUCUUUAGAUUUCAUCCAACCCUGGGAGUUUAUUUAAUGAUUGCUGGUGUGAUUUGUUUAGCUGGUAUUGGUAUAGUCUAUGAGUAUCGUGCACAUGAAAAACCAAUUGGUCAUUUCUGGUGUGGAGAUGGACAUCGAAGACGUGAAGGAAAUCCACCAACAAAUCCAAUUCCACGUAUCUCCUCACUCACUUUACGCACUCUAAUCACAAAAGCAAUCACUGAAAUAUUUGGCGUGGUUAAAAGUGGAAUUCACGUAGACGUGCUUGAUUGGCCAAGCGAUGACGAGAUUUUCGAGGAAUUUAAUUCUACUUCAAACACUCUAAAAAAGGAAAUUAAUGAUGGAAUUAUACGAGUGCCAACAGGAGAUUUGACAACAGUUUGGAGUGCGUUGACUUUAUAUAGUACAACUUUAGACGUGGGAAAUUCAGAUAUUAAAAAGGAAUUACGUUUUGAAGUCUUAAAUAGUUCUCCAUAUCUUAUGGGAUUGGUUGCCGAUAGUCGGGCCUGGGGCAGACAAUUAUUUUAUGGAUAA